ACCGCUCGCUUCAAUAUGGCCGCCCCCCGAGGAGAGGCGAGGCUAACGGGAAUGUGGAGAGGGCAGCCUCUCUCUCACGCAUGGAUCGCAGCGCGGAGUUCGCGAGGUGGAAGGCGCAGUGUUUGAGCAAAGUGGACCUCAGCCGGAAGGGCAGUGUGGACGAGGAUGUGGUAGAGCUUGUGCAGCUCCUGAAUGCGCGAGAACAAUUUUUCACCACCAGCUCCUGCGCAGGCCGUAUCCUCCUCCUAGACGGGGGUAUAAAUAGUUUUGAAGUUCAGAAACAAAACUGUUGCUGGCUCCUGGUUACACACAAACCUUGUGUAAAAGAUGAUGUGAUUAUAGCGCUGAGGAAAGCAAAUGGUGAUGCCAUUUUGAAAUUUGAACCAUUUGUUCUUCAUGUGCAGUGUCGACAGUUGCAGGAUGCACAGAUUCUGCAUUCAGUGGCAAUAGAUUCUGGUUUCAGGAACUCUGGCAUAACAGUGGGGAAAAGAGGAAAGACCAUCUUGGCUGUCCGGAGUACACAUGGCUUAGAAGUUCCGUUAAGCCAUAAGGGAAAACUGAUGGUGACAGAGGAGUAUAUUGACUUCCUAUUAAAUAUAGCAAAUCAAAAAAUGGAGGAAAACAAGAAAAGAAUUGAAAGGUUUUACAACUGCUUACAACAUGCUUUGGAAAGGGAAACUGAUAGUAAAUCACAUCCCAAGAUCAAAGAGAAAAAUAACUCAUCAUAUACUCAAAAGAAAAAUAGAAGCCCAGAAAAAGCACAUGGCAAAUGUAUUACUGAAGAAAAUGUUAAAGAACUUGAAAAUGAAGAUGAUGAUGAUCCAGAAAUCAUUGUUAAUAUCUUUCCUGAUGAUUACUAAGGUUUGGUUCUGAAGUGUCUUGGUAGAAGAAUAUUUUUAAUAGGUUUUAUAAAACUGCUCUUUAUAAGAGUGUUUUAGUUCGUUGAGUGUACCAGCCAUUUAGAAGAGCAAGAUUUAAUUUCUCUAUAUUUUAGAGAAACCCAUCUUAUAAACCUAUAUAGCUUUUUAAGAUUGCUGUGUAUAUUUGCUCAUUAAAUACCACCUUUUUUAGUCACAUAGAGAUUCACUGCAAAAAUAAAAUUAUGAUUUUCAAUGCC